CCGGCGGUUGCGGGCGGUGAGGCGGCGGCGGCAGCAGCAUGGCGGCGGCGCUGGGCGGCCUGGGCCUCCUGCGGGGCCGGCUCCGGCUCCGGCUGGCCGCCGCGGCCGCCUCCCCCCCCUCCUCCUCCUUCUCCUUCUCCUCCUCCUCCUCGUCGUCGUCGUGCCUCGGGCCCCGCGCGGCGGUGCGGAGAGGCGCUGCCGCUCGCCCCGCGGCCGGGAGGAGCUACGGCUCGGAGGCGAAGGAGGAGGAGGAGCUGCGGGUCCGGUACCUGGACGACGAGCACAAAGGAAUUGUGGUGCUUGGGUUAAACAGAUCUCAUGCCAAGAAUGCCCUUAACAAAAAUCUUUUAAAAAUGAUGUCAAAAGCUGUGGAUGCUUUGAAAUCUGAUAAGAAAGUACGAACUGUUAUAUUCCGGAGUGAAGUCCCAGGGAUAUUCUGUGCUGGUGCUGACCUUAAAGAAAGAGCAAAAAUGCACUCAAGUGAAGUUGGUUCUUUUGUCUCAAAAGCAAGAGCAACUAUUAAUGAAAUGGCUAAUCUUCCCGUACCGACCAUUGCUGCAAUAGAUGGAACUGCAUUGGGUGGUGGCCUCGAACUUGCUUUAGCCUGCGACAUAAGAGUGGCAGCCUCUUCUGCUAAGAUGGGCCUAGUUGAAACAAAGUUGGCAAUCAUUCCAGGUGCAGGGGGGACACAGAGAUUACCCCGCACAAUUGGAGUAUCUUUGGCUAAAGAACUAAUCUUCUCUGCACGCAUUGUAGAUGGUGAGGAAGCAAAAUCAAUAGGAUUGAUUAGCCAUGUGGUAGAACAGAAUGAAGCAGGGGAUGCCGCAUACAGAAGAGCACUAGCUCUGGCAAAAGAAUUUUUACCUCAGGGACCAGUAGCAAUGAGAGUUGCAAAGCUGGCCAUCAAUCAGGGAAUGGAGGUCGACUUAGUAACAGGCUUAGCAAUCGAAGAAGCUUGUUACGCUCAGACUAUUCCAACCAAGGAUAGAAUUGAAGGUCUUCUUGCAUUUAAAGAGAAAAGACCUCCUCGCUACAAGGGAGAAUAAAAGAAGCUGAUGCCUUUAAACUACAAUGGGGUAUAUGUACAGAUAUGAGGACCAUUAAGGUGCACUUUGCAUCUGAGCCUAGAAUAUCACAACCACCAAAGUAAAAGCAAAUCAUACUGAUGUUACAACAUUUUCAAUGUGUCCAUACUUGUACGGGGCCCAGAUAGAAAUGUGUGUCCAUUCAUGCUCAUUACAGUUUCUGAAGGCCGAUCUAUGUACUGGCAAGGUCACAAUUUCAUGCAGCAUUUUUAAAAUUUCAUAUGUAUGAAAUUUACCAUUCCACAAUUAAAAAGCUCUAUAAAUCCUUUAAAUAGGCAAAAUCUAUAUGUGAUGUUAAGUAUAAAUUUGCUGUAUCAUUUUAUCAAAAUAAAAGUGACUUCUGAACACCAAAAAAAAGAAAUUGCACCAAAUAUGCAUUUAAAUGAUUCUGUAUACCAGUAAAAAUACAUUUGAGAAUUCUACCUGCAUAUGUACAUUAUAAAUAAAGUUAAGGGAGAUUAAAAGGAUUAUUGUUUGGUAAAUAUUAAGCUUUAUUUGUCUGAAUUACACUAUUCUAAGUAAAAUGAAAGUAACUUUGAGAAUAGCACAUAAUGGUGUCCUUUUGAUGAAGUCAUUCUUAUUAUAUUCAUUUAAUUGUAUUAAAUUAAGACAUCUUAGAGGCCAGCCUUUAAUAAUACAUUCUUGUGUGUUACACUUGGCUUUGUCUUGCAUUCUUCCAAAAUGCCAUCUGAUCAGUACUGUCUGCUGUUAUGGAAUUUUAUUUCACUUGCCCUGGUUAUUUUAAAUCUGUAAUGAUUGUAUUAAAAUAUUUUGUGCA